GACGGAAGUACGCUGGUGUGACCACUCUCAAUUCACUUCCGCACUCUCCAGUACUGUGUUCUCUCUGGCUGCCAGCAUGGUCGUGCUGAAAGGGAUCCCCUCUGUUUUAUCACCUGAGCUCCUCUAUGCUCUCGCUAGAAUGGGCCAUGGGGAUGAAAUAGUUCUUGCUGAUGCAAAUUUUCCAACAUCUUCCAUUUGUGCUUGUGGUCCAAAAGAGAUCAGAGCUGACGGUUUGGGAAUCCCAAAGCUUUUGGAAGCCAUUCUGAAGCUGUUGCCCCUGGAUACCUAUGUCCCCCAUGCGGCUGCAGUCAUGGAUCUGGUGGACAGUGACAGACAGAGAGGUGUAGCUGUCCCUGUGUGGUACACAUACAGGGAUCUCCUGACUGAGACUGGGGCUCCGACUUCCAUUGAGACAGUGGAAAGGUUUGCUUUCUAUGAACGAGCCAAGAAAGCAUUUGCUGUUGUGGCAACAGGGGAGACAGCGCUGUAUGGAAAUCUGAUACUGAAGAAGGGGGUCAUCCCUGCCGAGCUGCUGCAGUGAUACACAGGCACGCACACUUUUGACAAUGAUCUAAUGUUGCUUUCAGUCACAACUGUAAUUCUUCUCAGUGAAAAUCAGGAGACGGUAAAUAUUUUUUGCAUGGAAUGAAUUUUCUGUUUUGCUCAGGUUUCAAAGCGUACUUUAUUCCUUAUUCCUGUUUAUGUGUAAAUAAUACCGCAAAAUGAUCUGAUUAAUCUGUUUACAUGGAGCAGAACUGUAUUUUGUAGUUGUGUAAACAAUUUUUGCAUUGCACAGGCUGUUCAAUAAAUAAAACACAUGAACCCGUU